GCGGAAGUUACUCGGAGCGGGCGGGAGGUACUUCCGGGACGGGUACCGGUCAUGUCAUAGCGACGGGAGGAGACUGCUCGGUCAGUGAAAAUCUGAGGAGUCGUCCCCAUGGGUCAGGAGACCUGUGACCUAUCACUGACCCCAAAACUUCACCCUCCCAAACCUGAGCCGAAAAAUCUGUAAGGAUCCUGUCUGCUGAUCGGAGAGGUUCCUAUAAGGUGUCAGGAUGUCACUGUCUAUUUCUCCAUGGAGGAGUGGGAGUAUAUAGAAGGACACAAGGAUCUGUACCAGGACAUAGUCAUGAUGGAGGACCACCGGCCCCGAACAUCACCACCGGGUGUGUCCAUCAAAGCGGAGAGAUCCCCCAGUCCCCUGAUCUCCCAGGAUUGUCCAGAGGAAGAUCACGAGGUCGCGGCGGACGAUCGGACAGACGCAGCCGAGGUUGAAGACCAACUUAUCAUUAAAGUAGAAGAAGAUGAUGAUGAUGAUGAUGGGUUGUAUGUUAUGAGUGAUGGGCGGUAUAAGGAGGAUGGAAUAUCAGCUGACACGAGCGCCGAGCCAGGAAUGAUCUACGUACAUGAGAACUGCAGUGAGUCCUUAAAUGAAGAACAGUAUCUCGCAGAACCUAAAAAGAAACAAAUGAAGAAGCGGUCAUUUAUCUGUCCUGAAUGUGGGGACUCCUUCACACUGAAAGGAAACCUGGAGAGACAUAGGAGGAUUCACAGAGACGAUAAGCCCUUUCAGUGUCUGGAAUGUAGGAAAUGUUUUUUCCACCGAUCAGAUCUUGUUUACCAUCAGAGAAUUCACACGGGGGAGAAGCCAUUUCCAUGUCAUCAGUGUGGGAAAUCUUUCAGCAAGAAAUCAGUUCUUAUGAAACAUGAGAAAAUUCACACGGUAGGAAAGCCCUUCUCGUGUCCUGAAUGUGGGAAACGUUUCAGCCAGGAAGCAGGACUCCUCGGGCACGAAAAGAUUCAUAGGAACGAGAGACCGUUUUCUUGUUCGUAUUGUGGGAAAAGUUUUACCCAGAAGGCGGGCCUUGCCGAACACCAAAAGAUUCACACGCGGGAGAACCUUUUUUCAUGCUCUGAAUGUGGGAAAUCAUUUACGAAGAAUUCAGCACUAAUUAUUCAUCAGAGAUUCCAUACGGGAGAGAAGCCAUUUAUAUGCUCAGUAUGUAAGAAAGGUUUCACCCAGAAGUCCGAUCUAGUUAAACAUCUCCGCAUCCACUCGGGGGAGAAGCCGUUCUCAUGUUCUGUGUGUAGCAAGAGCUUUACACAGAAGUCCGAUCUUAUUGAACAUGAGAGAAUUCACACCGGGGAGAAGCCAUAUUCCUGUCUGGAGUGUGGGAGAUGUUUUACCCACAGGUCAAACUUUGUAAAACAUUUGGUCCUUCACAAACCAUAGAUUUCCAAUUUGCCAAUGGUCAUGUGAUCUCCAAACACCCUUCAAGGGAUAUUCCGUCCCUAGACCUCCGCCGCUGGGGACCCCCGCAAUCUCCCUGCUGUACCCGGUGAUCGUUUAGAGCGUCGGGGAUUAACUCCAGAGCCUCAUGGUGGCCAUGUAUUCACGAGCGGGGCGUGACUGAUGUUUCUAGCCUCUGUCCGGCAUCGCCAGUCAUCCGUAUAGAGCGAAGUUUGCUCCGUGCACCAGAUGUUUGGGAUGCUGCAGUUGAUUGCGGAGGUCCUACUGCUGGGGACCUUUUGGAUAGGGGAUAAGAUUCCUAGGGGCGGGAGUACCCCUUUAACUUACAGAUCGUGCUUAAUGACCAUUCGAAAACAUGCGUUUUAUCAUUGACUUCCCCUCCUUAUUCUGGGCCCUUCACCAUCUCUGGGGCCCUAUGGUUCCUAGAAGAUUCCCUCGUUCAUUCGCAUUCUUAACACUGAAGACUCAAAGUAUUGUUAAGAUGGGAGGAAAUAAUGGCCCAGAUUUACUAAACAGAAAGCCGAAACUUCUUGUAAUUUGAUGUUUUUUGGCUUUUUUUUUGUGUGUUCUGAAUUUUCCUGACAGAUCUGUGUUUUUUUAUUUUGCACUAAAACCGGCAAAGCAGCUCAGAAACCUGCACAGUCAAUGAAAACUAAUUUAUUAUCUGUGCAAAAUGAAACGCAGAAAGGCGAAGGUAAAAACAAAAAAACAACCAAAUAAAAGAAACAACGUAAAUCUGCGCGAAAGCAAAACCCUGAUACGCCGGGAUCUUGACAAUCCAGUAAAUCUGGGCCGAUGGGGCUUUUUUAGGUUUUUACUGAAUUUCGCUGUAGGACGGUGAAGCACUUUUGUUAGAUUUUGGUAUUAAUCUUUUCUCCUGUAUCAUGUGACUCCAGGGUGUGUAUGGUCUUUAUAUCAUAGCGGAAGGGACUGGGGAUUACUAGAUGUCGCGUUAUAUCUCCUCAUGGGAUGACGAGGAGCCGGAGAGGACACCAGUGUGGUCAUACAUUGCUGCGGGUUCACCAGACGUCGGCGUAGACCUAAAAUGGUGACUCCGACUCUACAAACCCUACAAACAGUUUGCCAUCACCGAGGAGGAGAAGCGAUUGUGUUCGGGGGACGUCCUAUCUUGUGUUCGGGGACGUCCUAUCUUGUGUUCAGGGGGACGUCCUAUCUUGUGUUCAGGGGGACGUCCUAUCUUGUGUUCAGGGGGACGUCCUAUCUUGUGUUCAGGGGGACGUCCUAUCUUGUGUUGAGGGGGACGUCCUAUCUUGUGUUGAGGGGGACGUCCUAUCUUGUGUUGAGGGGGACGUCCUAUCUUGUGUUCAGGGGGACGUCCUAUCUUGUGUUGAGGGGGACGUCCUAUCUUGUGUUCGGGGGAUGUCCUAUCUUGUGUACAUACGUCCUCAUAUACCAUUUGAGGUUCCUUUUUAAAUUUUGGUAAAAAAGGUCCAGGGAAAUGCAUUUCACUCUAUUUAUUAACGUUUUAAUCCAAAAUUUCCCCAUUCAGCUAACUUUCAGAAAAGUGGUUUCUAUAUUUUCACAAUCCGAGUGAUUUAUUAAAUUGUUUGCUCAA